UAUAAUUUGUGCGACAGUGGUCACUUUUAAGGUUCAUAGUGCGCGCCUUUCACUAACUAGGACUCAAGUUUUUACAGUUUUAGAAGAUCAGUCAUAGAAAUAAAGUUUCAGCCACUUGAUGUGAAACUAUGAAGGAAAAGGAGCAGGAGGAUUGAUUGGUCACCAGAGUUUUGCUCUGGAUCUCGGUCAAGUGCCAUCUUAGAGGCAAGAUAAUCUUUAAGGCACUAUGUUUUGGAGAUUUGAUCUUCACACACCUUCGUCUCAUAUAAACACACUUUUAGUGAAAGAAGAUGUAACACUGACAGAGUUAAUGGAUGAAGAGGAUGUAGUAUUAGAAUGUAAAGCACAGAAUCGUAAACUUGUUGAAGUUUUGAUAAGACCACAGAACAUGGAAGAUAUGGUUACAUUUAUUACAGAAGAACCUUCACAGGAUAUGGAAGAAAAGAUGAGAUACAAGUAUUCAAACAUCUCCUGUGAACUUCUUACUUCAGAUGUCUCGCAGAUUAAUGACAGACUGGCAGAAGAUGAAGCCUUGCUAAUGAAACUUUAUAAAUUCCUUCAUAAUGAAUCUCCUCUUAAUCCACUAUUAGCCAGUUUUUUUAGUAAAGUGCUGAGUAUUCUUUUCAGCAGGAAGUCAGAACAGAUAGUGAGUUUCUUAAGGAAGAAGGAAGAAUUCGUUGACCUUUUGAUAAAACACAUAGGAACUUCUGCAAUAAUGGAUUUGUUACUAAGACUACUGACUUGCAUAGAGCCACUUGAACUCAGGAAGGAUGUUUUAAAUUGGCUAAAUGAGGAGAAAAUUGUGCAGAAGCUAAUUGACACAAUACACCCUUCUCAAGAUGAAGAUAGACAUUCAAAUGCAUCACAGUCACUUUGUGAAAUAAUUCGUCUGAGCAGAGAUCAGAUGUUGCAAGUGCAGAACUCCGUACAACUGGACCUGCUGUUAUCUACGUUGCAGAAACAAGAAAACAUUGAACGACUGCUGUCCAAUAUUUUCGAUCUGGAGAGAAAUGAAUCUGCGAUAAUUAGUGCAGUUCAGAUUUUGGUGACUGUACUCGAAACGCGGAGACCAGUAUUUGAAAAUCACGAAAGCUGUCCUGAUAUGGAUUCAACAGCCUUCACUGUUAGCAAUGAUGUUUUAGAAGCCAUUAAAUCAAGAUUGAAGAACUUCCAAGAUUUGCUGCUAGAGCCACCAAAAAAAAGACCAAUGAAGACAACUUUUGGAAUAUUAGAUCCUCCAGUUGGAAGUGCUCGCAUAAACAUAAUCAAGUUGUUGUCCUGUCUUCUUCAGUUAAGUUCAAGAAGUAUUAACUUAAAACUUAUCGAACUGGAUAUGCCAGGAACUGUACUGGAUAUGUACUUUCACUAUUUAUGGAACAAUUUCCUUCAUACUCAAGUUGAAAUUUGUAUUGCACUAAUACUGGCUAGUUCUACUGUAGAAGACGACCCUGGAGGCUCAUUCAAUGAUGAUUCUACUGGUAGUGACCUACUGGUAAAGCAUCUUUUCCUGAAUUGUCAUUUAAUAGAGCGUAUACUUGAAGCAUGGGAGGAAAAUGCGAAAGAACAGACCAAUGGUGGAAGACGACGAGGUUAUAUGGGUCAUUUAACAAGAAUAGCCAACUGCAUCUUACACAGUUAUGAAAAAGGAUCGCAUAGUGUUCUUAUACAACAGCUCAUGAAUGAGUUUCCAGAUGAUAUUCAAGAGCACUGGGAGAAUUUCUGCAGUGGUCCUUUAGCAGAAGUGAACAAAAAGAACACUAUAGAUUUAGUGGCUACUCAGAAUAUCACUUCAUCCAGUGAUGAUGACAUAGAACUUGUAGAAACAUUUUUCUCUCGAUCUUCUGUUCAGCAAGCCUUUUCUGAUUAUCAGAUGCAACAAAUGACGUCAAAUUUUGUUGACCAGUUUGGCUUCAAUGAGGAAGACUUCGCCGAUCAAGAUGCUGUAAAUGCUUCAUUUGACAAGGUGUCAGACAUAGACUUUCCCUUGAAUAACAGUGAAAGUGCAAACAUAGCUUUGUUUGAAACCUACUGUAAAGACAGGAUCCAGCAGUUUGAAGACAGCGAUUCAGAUGAAGAGGAUAUCUGGGAUGAAAAAGAUGAGGCUUUUCAAUCUGAAUUACAGAGCCAGCUCAGAAGUGCUGGUACUGAAGGCAAAGAGGGAAGCACAGUUUCUGAAGAUGAAGGUAAAAAAGAUAUGUGCGAGUCCAGAAAUAUGGAGGAGACAAUGGAAGUUGAUUCCAUUGAGGCUGCAAGUUGGAUGGGUACUGUUGAUGAGCUUAUGGAAACUGCACAUACUUUAUCUACAAAUUCAGCAGAUAAUGCUGCAUGGAGCACAAGGGGCUGUACAUCAGGGAAGCAAAACAAAUGGAAUAACUUCACCUCUGAGUUAAAGAAUCCUUUAAGGAGCUGUUCUCCAAUUGCUAUGGAAACUUGUACAGAGGCAACAGAGUCCCCUGAAGAUAAAGUAAUCCAGUCAAGAGUUUCUGAGGAACCUAAAGACAUCUUUAUGGGACAGCCACAUUGCAGUACUGAAAUGGAAUCCUGCUCAUAUACUGGUGAAAAUGAAACAAACACGGAUCAGAUAACAGAAGUGAUGGUAAACUGCAAUAUGAAGGAGACAGUCCCCCUCUGUGUUGACUCUAAAACUGAGCCUGUGGUAUUUAAAAGUGACAAGCAAGCAUCAUCCGAACACAUGGCAUUUGAGGUCUCUGAUACUGGCGAUAUAUCCUCCAUGGUACAGUCUGCUGAAAAAUAUGAAGAAGGAGAACGGGUAGCUCAGCAAGCAGCACCUUUGCCAGGAGCAACAGCUAAUGCCUCAGGAUGAGCAAUAAUUCUCCCGUUGUUUACUGAAGAAUUUGUGAGGUAACAAGCAGGGCUUCAUGUUUCACUGAAAGUAUUAUGAAGUCUCUCUUCACAUUCUGCCCUGCACUAACUUCACACUGGAGCAGAACCAGCAAGCUACUUCACAUUUUGAUAACCGCACAGGAAGACAAAAUACUGCACACAGAAAAUAAUAGUUCUCCUUUUGCAUAUGUUUGUAUUGUAUACUUCUUAAAAUGGGAUCGCCCACUGAUUAAUAUAUUGUCUCUCUUGUAAACUUAACUGUUGUAGUUAAUAUUUGUGAAAUGUUUUAUACAACAAUUUGUACAGAACCUGAUGUAAUAUAAUGUACUUGUAAUACUUAUUGUGACCAAAACAUGUUUGCCUUUUACAUGGGUUUUACUUCUGUAAGAAAUAUAUCACCCUUGACAAGGGUUUAUUUGUAAAUUACAGACAAGUGUCCCAGUAAUUUUAAUUGGGUUACUUGGCAAUAGUAGAUAUGAAGACUCAGUCAUUUUAAUUAUUUCUGAAAUUGUUUUUGCUAUGUACUUAACUACAGAUACCUCCUAUUUUUUAGACUUCAUAGGCAUUUAAAUUGUUUUAGCAAAUGUUUUAAGUAUAUUUAUUAUGGGAAAUUAUCAGCCAGAUUUUUUUGGGGUGCUAAGCAUUUGCUGGGAUCUAAAUACCACACAAUUACAUUGCUGUUCGCUUCUUUCAUCAACAUUAACACAUACCAAAAAGGAAGAGCAGAAACGAUAUUCUGCAUUAGCGACUGUCUUUUUUUAUAUGUAAAAUAUCACUCUUUUAUUGGUGCAUUUUUUCUUGUCACACAGCAGUAACGAGCAGUACAUGUAGGGCAACCUUAUGACAGUAUGUUUGUAAUUCGUUGCUCCAUAGCCAUUUUAAAGUUUCUGUACACCACUCUGUCUUUAAAGACAUAUUUGUAGUUGGUUUUAAUACUGUAGUUGUAAGGGAAACCAAUUAUUUUAAUGGAAGUCAUUGCCAUUGAAGUAUUUUUUAGUUUUAGCUUUCCAUGCAGUCCUGUAGCCGUUGCACAAAUAUUUACCCUGAAAUUAAUUUUUUGUAAAGUUAAUUCAUUAGUUCAGCUUCUCCUAUUUAAUUUCUGUAUUCCAGAUUUGUUCAGUUGAAAUUCAUAGCAUCAUUUUACCUAUAUACAUCAAACACAAAAAGUGUACAUACAUGAAAUAAUGUAAAACUUUACAUCCCAGUUUUUCUUCUCAGAAUGUUGACUGUAAUAAUUUGCCCGAAUAUUUUCUGCCUGUGGAAAUAAAGAAAAAAUAUCCA